AUGAAGUUUCAAGAUGCAAAAUCAGGAAAGUUCCAAUCUGGGCCACAGUUUCAAGAUAAGACAGUGGAGCCAACGUUUCAAAAAAUGAAGUCAGUGGAUUGUAAGUCAGGCCCAGAGUUGCAAGAUAUGAGCUUUUCAAGGUUGAUUACAGGAAUAAAGAUUCAUGAUGUAAAAUCUAAAAAGUGUACAGCUGACCCACAAGUGAAGGUUGUGAAAUCUUCUGAAGUUGUCCCAAGGGAAAAGUGUCAGCGUGUGAAGUCUUUUGAAAUUAUCCCAAGUGGAACACUUCAAGGUGUGAAAUCUUUAGAACUGAAUCCUAGUCCAAAAUUACAAGACGAGAAGUCUUCUGAGUUUUCCCAUGGGAAGAAGUUUCCAGGUGUGGAAUCUGUAGGGUCAUACUCAGGCCCACAAUUCGAAGAAAGGAAGUGCUCUGACCUUAUCAUGGAUAUAAAACUUAAAAAUGUAAAAUCUACAGACUUGAGUUCUAUACCACGAUUUCAAGGUAUGAAAUCAUCUGCAGUGAUCCCAGGAACAAAGACUCAAGCAGAGAAAUCUAUGCUCAACUCUGGAGUACAAGUACAAAGUAAAAGAUUUUACCCACCGAUGAAACUUCAAAGUAAGAAUUCCACAGAAGUAAACCAUAACCCAGAAUUUCAGGCUGAAAAAUCCACUAAAUUUUCCUUGGGACCAAGGAUUCACAGCAUGAUAUCUUCUGAAGUCAGUGCUGAAAAGCAGGGACAAGUUAAGAAAUCUUCUCAAUUGAAUCCAUGGCCAGAAUUGCAAGGUGUAAAAUUUAUGACAAUCAGUAGAGAGCCACAAUUGCAACAUAUAAAAUCUUCUAAGUUAUGCAAAGAAACAAUACAUCAAGAUAAGAAAUUUAUAAAAUUAAAUCCUGAGCAGCAGUUCCAAACUGGGAUAUAUUAUGAACUACUCUUGGGACCAAAGUAUGGAAAGGAGAGAUUUUCAGAAUUAAAUCCUGGGCCUUAUACAAAAAAUGAGUUGUACAUACAGUCAAAGCAUUCAGAUGAGCAAUUUCAAGAGCAGAAACAUGAGACAAAAUGUCAAGGUGAAAAAUCCUCUGAAGUGAACUCAGAGUCACAGUUCCAGGGUAUAAAUGUUUUGGCAUACAACAUAGCGCCACUGCCACAAGGUGUAAAAUCUAAGCUGUCUCCUAGGCCAUACCAUCAAGAUAUAAAAUCUAAAAUGUCCUUCCCAGGAUCACAUAUGCAAGCUAAAAAUUCUUCUACACCAAUUCCAGAACCAAAACAUCAGUGCGUAAAUACUAUUGAAUGCAAUACUGGGCCAAACAAACAAUGUCUUAAUGCUUCUGAAACAACUCCAAAUAUGGAAAUGCAAGGUAACAAGUCUCCUAAGUUGAAUCCAAGGACAGAGAGAAAUUUGUGUCAAAGUGAGACGUCUACGGUGCUUGGUCCCGGGCCACAUUUUCCAGUUUGGAAAUCCCAAUUAAUUACAGAGUCAAAGCCUUUAAGUGUAAUACCCAGAAAAUGCAACCUUGGGCCACAGAUGCAGUGUAAUUCUCCUGAGUUGAACCCAAGACCAAAAUCACAAGGUGUAAAUUCUAUGAGAUGGAAGCAACAGGUACCCUUACAAGAUAUAAAAUCUUUUGAGUUAACAUUAGGAACAAAACUUCAAGAUACAGGAUGUGAAGUUAAUCCGGGGAUAGAGAUUCAAAGCGAGAAAUACAUCCUGUCUGAUCCUGGAUCACAUUUGCAAGGUCUAAAAUGUCAGCUGAUUCCAGACUCAAAGCCUCUAGGUAGAGUACCCACGAAAUGUACCCCUGGGCCACAGAGACGGUGUGUUAAUUCUCCUGAGUUGCUCCCAGGGACAAAAUUACAGUGUACAAAUUCUACCGGAUGCAGACAUGGACCACCCUCACAAAGUAUAAAAUGUCCUGAGUUAACUUCAGGGAUAAAGUUACAAGAUACAGGGUUUAAAGUGAAUCCAGGGACAGAGACCGGAAGUGAGACGCCUGUGGUAUUUCAUACUGAACCACAUUUACAAGAUCUAAAGUCUGAAUGUAUUUCAAACUCAAACUGUUUGCCAGGAGCAACCAGUGGCUACAACCUUGAGCCACAGGUGCAACAUGCAGAUUUUUCUAAACUGAAUGCAGAGCCAAAAGUACACUGUGAAAAUUAUACAGGGUGCAAAUAUGGGCCACCCUUUCAAAGUAUGAAUUUUUUUCAGUUGGCUUCAGGGACAAAGUAUAAAGAUAUGACAUCCUCUGGUUUGAGUCCCGAAUCAGAAUGUCAAGGUACAGAAUCUUCUUUAUUAAACCCUCUACAAAACUUGCUUGAUAUAAAAAGUAAACUGACUCCAGGGACAAAUUUUCAAGUAUUAAUGGAGUCCAACUCCAGAUCACAACUUCAAGGUAUGAAUUCUUGUAAUUCUAACUCAGAGUCAGAAUAUCAGUCCAUAAAUUCCGUUAACUUUAAUGCAAGACCACAGAUGCAAGACCCCAAAUCCUAUGAUUUGAACCCUGGGCCAGAAUUUCAAGGUACAACAUCUAUUUUGCUUAAUUCUGGCCCACAUUUGCAAGAUGUAAAAAUUUCUGAACUAACUCCAUGUACAAACUUUCCAGAUCUACUUUUGAAGAACCACCUUGGGUCACAACAGCAAGUUACACAAUUUGUGCCCACAACCGACCCUCAGUUAAAUGCUGUCAAUUUUGGGGCAUUUCUACCUGAGUCAUCACUUGAAGAUGAAAUGUCUGUGAGGAUGAAAAAGGAGGCAUUGUACUGUGGUGCAAAUUCUGUGAAACUGGUUUCUGAUCCUAAGAAGCAGGACAAGAAAUGUGAGGUGUCUUCAUUAGAGCCAUGUUUUCAAAAAGUGGAAUCUGUGGAGUUAAAUCCACGACCACAUUCUCAAGGUAUAAAUUCUGCGGAAUUAUUGUCCGCAUUCAGGCAGCAUAGUGUGAGGCCUGUGGCACCUGUGCUAGAGGGGAGUUCUUAUGUGAAAGCUCCGGAAUUGAAAGCAAGGCCACAACCUAAAGAUUUCAAUUCUAAGAAUUACUGCCUCAUGCAGAAGUCUACAGCAUUGGGAUCAGAGCCAUGUUCUCAAGAUGCAAAAUCUCUAGAGUCAAACCUACAGUCACAGCUUCAAAGGUCUUUAGGGUUGUCGUCAUGCCUCUGGUCACAGUGUGUUAAAUCUGACAUCUUUGUACCAGAACCAUGUUUUCAAGAUGUAAAAUCUGUACAGUUGACGCCAGAGGCCCAACAGCAAGGUAUGAAUUGUCAAGAGUUUACUGCAGGCCAACAAGGUGUGAAAUCAAUGGUAUUGCCACAAGAACCAAGUGAGAAGCUCACACCAGCACCAAUUUUAGCUAGUGUCAAAAUUUCAAAUUUGUCUCCAGAAUCACAGCAACAAGAUAUGACAUCUUUGGAACUUACUUCACAUCCAAAGUUACAAGAUAUUAAACAUACAAAAUUUCCUUUAGGGUUUCUGCAGCAAACUCCAAAAUCUAAGGCCUUAGCAACAGGGCCACAGCUCCAAAGAGUGAGAUUUGAGAAUCUAACUCCAAGAAUGAGUGAUCAGACGACAGACUUCUCUGAGUUAAGCUCUAGGCCAGUGCAUCAAUUUGUAGAAUAUGCAGAGAUGAGCCCAAAGCCACAGCAUCAAAUUCCCCAAUCUGUGAAUUUGAUUCCAUCAAUGUACCAAGUCACAGAAUCGUCAGAAAUAGCGCAAAGGUUGGCACAUCAAAAUUCAAAAACUGUAAAGAAAUCUGGGGGGCUGACCCCAAAGCCCAUAGGUAAAGUCACGGAAUCUUCAGGGAUGCCUCCGGAAACAGAUCUUCAUGAGCCAGAAUUUGCAGACCUGACUUCAAUGUUAAGAGAUCAAUGUUCACAAUCUUUAGAAUUAACCCCAGAGAAAAGCCAUCAAAGUUCAGAAAGUCCGGGUUUAAUCCCUCAGUUAUGGCCUAAAGUUAAGAAAUUAGAAGAGUUACAUAUAAAGCAACUGAAACAAGAUGUGGAACCUAAAGAGAUUAUUCCACAGCUCAAGCACUGCCUUACAGAAUCUAUAAAGUUCAUUCUUAAAGCAAGAUCACAAAGGGAGGGAUUCUCUGGGAUGAUGAGGGAGCCACAGUCAGUAAGUGAAGCCACUGGCCAUGCAAACCAAUCUCCGACCCCCUGUUCUCAAGCUGUAGAGAUAAUUCCUGAGAAAAGACCAUAUGGGCAAGAACAUAUAGCUCUGGUCACAAAAUCAACAUCUUCUGUCACAGAAUCUUCAGAGAUGACACAAGAUGAAAACGUAGAGUUCACUCCUGAGACAGGGCCACAGGUGGAGAGAUCUAUAAAACUGACGGGAAUACCACAGCAAAAAGUGGAAUAUUCAAGAUUAGGACAUCAAGUGCCAGGAUCUGUGUAUUUAACCUCUAAGCAAUGUAGUCAAGGGGAGGAAUCUUUAGAGUUGCCGCCAAAAGAAGCAGGGCAAUGUGAGAGACAUGGACAAUAUGGAAAGGAAACUUCUGAGACAUGGCAGCAAGAGGAGAGAUCAAAGUGGCUAACACAGUCAGAGAAGGGAAAUAUGAACUACUCAGAAAUAGCCCCAGAAGAGCUAGGUGAAAUUAUAAAAAUUAAUAGGAUUAGUCCCAAACCACUAGAUCAAAUCAAUCAACCUACAAAGUCACAACUUCAAGUUGCUCGAUCAACAGGGGUAACCCCAGUAGCCACCUCCAAACUUAAAUCUGUAAAAGGGACCCCUGGACCACCAGUUCAAGUUGGGAAGUUUGUGAUUUUACCACCAGGGUCAUUUUCUCAAAAGGCAGAUUAUAUUGAAUCUAUUUCACAACCGCAGGAUAUGAAAUCAUCAGAGUUUAUCUCAGGUAUAUGGCUGCAAAAUAAGAAACCGAAGAAAUUAAUUCCAGAGCCAACACAUCAAAUUUUGGAAACAAUUGAGAUGACAGGGUUUCAAAUCAUAAAGACUGUGUUAUUCCCAGGACCAUCAUUUCAAAUAGUAAAAUCUGAAAAAUUAGCACCAGGACCAAUUCCUCAGGUUGCAGAACCAAUAGGAAUAGCUCUGAGUUUGGGACCUAAAGAAAGGCCUUGUUUUGAUUUUCUCACAAUGAAACAUUUCCAAGAACUAGCAGAACCUGUAGAAUUAACUCCAAGGUCAAAUACUGAAGUAAAAUCUACAGAAUUUGCUACAAAGACAGCAUCUCCAUUCAUGGAACCGAAAGGGUUAACUCAUGAAAAAAAGCUUCAGACCUUGAAACCUAGAAGUGAAAAAGCAGGGCCUUCUACAGUCACGGAAUCUGAGGAUUUGAUUCGAGAACAGUUGUGCCUGAAUAGGGAAUCUGAGGAGUUACUAUCAUUGGGAGAAGUAGAAGAGAAAUAUUUCCCAAAGUUUCUAUGCAGCUCUUCAAAUUCACUCACCUCAAGCACUGUCAAAACAUCAUCUGAAUUAGGAUGCCUUUGGGAUACUGAAAUGCCGGAAGUAUUGAGAAGUUUGGAAACAAAAAAUCUCGACUCUAUUAGGGGACCACUUUCAACCCAUCCCCUGGCUAUUCAGAAUCAGCCGCUUCUUAACAUAGUUAACAUUGCAAAAAAUACACAUUGUGAAGACCUAGGAAAGGAUAUGGGAGCCGAGGUGAGGACUCUGAGGGAGCAAGCGGAAGAGCCGAAGAACUCAUCCAAGAGCCUCUCCCAACGUUUUCCAAAAGGCUGGAGAUCACCAGGUAGGGCCUUCCAGAAAAGACCAGGUGCUCGAAGAAGCCUUCCCUGUUCUGUUUUGCACAGACAACAGAAUGUCUGGGAGAGUCACUCCUGGAGGCAGCGACUACCUAGAAAAUAUCUCUCCAAUAUGCUAAUGCUAGGAAAUGUAUUACAAACCAAUGUGGAAAGGAAACUUUAUUCUCAAUCACAAUUGACAGAAAGAGCAGAUACUCAUCAAUCUGUUGAAAAUGUAUUUGGGAUUCCACCUGAGCUGAUGGAAUUUUCCCAGAGUCUACCAGAGAAGGGUCAAAGUGCAAUUUCUCAACCCUCAGUGGGUAAAAACUACAUUCAAAGAAAUACUUUAUUCCAUGGUACUGAGAAAAGAAUGACCCUAAGGAUGUGGACACGCCAAUCUAUGUCCUCCAUUAUACAGCAAUACUCUGGAGCUAGAAUAAGAAUAAAUAAAAUAAGAAAUAUUAGUUAUAUAUCCCAGGAAUUCAUUCAUCACAUGACUGGCUCAUAUAACACAGAGGCUCAGCUUCCUGUCCCUCUCAAUACAAGUUUGGCUAAGGAUUCUGUUCCAGUAGAAGAGAGUGAGAACUCACAGAGCGAGUUUCAACACUCCCACAGGCCAAAUUAUACUUCCCAGGACAAGACUAUCUUCUCUGAACAGUCAAAUUUGCUACAAGAGCUACAGCUGAAAGUAGCAGCAAAACUAUUAAGGAGUCAAGUACCUCCCAAUGUUCCUCCACCUCUAACUUCAGGUCUGGUCUUAAAAUACCCUAUCUGUUUAAAGUGUGGCCGAUGUUCAGGAUUUAAUUGCGGUCAUAAACUACAGGCCUCUUUUGGGCCUUACCUACUUAUUUAUCCACAGAUCCACCUUGUAAGGACUCCUGAGGGCCGUGGAGAGAUUAGGUUACAUCUUGGCUUUAGGUUACGAACUGGGAAGAGGCCCCAAGUCCCAAAGUAUCAAAGAAGAGACAGACCUGGUACACCAAAGAGCCCUGUAUCUUCACCACUAAAGAAAACUAACAUUUAUACUCAAGUUUCCAGGAGUCCAACUUCAACAUUAGAUUUAGAAUCUGGGUCUUCUCAGUCCCCUUUACAAGACCACACGAGGCAGAGGUCAGACAGUAGUUGUGACUUAGUAGGAAAGACAGAUAUUGGAGAGUUUAGCCACUAUGACGUCACUCAAGUUCAACGUCUACCAGACACCGACUCUGAAAGCAACCAGGAUGAAAACUGGGCAAUAGUGAGAAGAAGUAAGUCAAAAUAUUUAAAGAGAAUGACCAAAGGAGAUACAACACCAAGCACAAAGUUCUACACAAAAGGCAGAGAGUCCCGUAGGGAAUUACCCACACAGUUAAAAAGGAAGAAGAGUAGAGUGUCUCGGACCACGACUGACCUUUUAGAAAGACAACCUAAGAAACCCAGCCAACCCAAACUCAUUCAACUACUUUCUCAGUGCAUAAAACAGGCAUUCCAAAAAGCAUACAACAUUAUGACUUUUGCUGCAGAGAAGUCUGAGGACGGAAGAAGGUCAGAUGAUAAGAGCGUGGGCAAAGGCUACCAGCCAAAGCGAAAAGGUGAAGGCCUAUCAAGAGACAAGAUGUCAGUUGUCAAGCCAAAUCCAAGAGGCUCCAUCACUAAACAAAAAUGCCCUUCGUGGGAUAGAACAGAUCAGUUUGUAUCAUCUCAACAACCAAAAAGAGCUCAGUCUUUCCAACCCAAGCUUACCCACCUAUCCAAGCCCAGAGUCCCCCAAAGAAGUCCUACACGUCACACUAGAAGAAUGAGAAGCCAUCAGAGUGUGGUUCAAAAUGACAGUGGCACCAAAGGUAGGAAAAACUACAAAAACGAAACAUCUAGUUAUGAGUCCAAGAAUUCCGAAACAGGAAACACAGUUCAGGCCAGAGGAAGAGUGGUACGUGAUUCCUCUAUGAAAGGAACCUCAUCCAUUCAGCCUAAAGUAAAAUACAUACAGUCAAAGAAUCCAUAUCAUUCCUUUGGGAGGACCCAGUACAGUGCCUCUGAGAAAAGUCAUCUUGGUCCAUCUCAGAGAAGUUGCAGUCUCUCUGAGAGGAGCCAUGGCAGCAACUUUGAGAAGAGCCAUCCAGGUCGCCCUCCCAGGAACCAUCUGGGUCCCUCUCAGAGGAGUCAUCCAAGUCCCUCUGAGAGGAAAUGUCGCAGUCCUUCUGAGAGAAGGUGUCGAAGUUCUUCUGAGAGGAGAUUCCACAGCCUCUCUGGGAGAGGUCAUCCACAUCCCUCUGAGAGGAAAUGCCACAGACCCUCUGACAAGAUCCAUCACACUCCCUUGGAGAAAACUCUUCUUACUCCUGAGAAGAACCAUCACAGUUCCUCUGACAGGAACCACCGUGAUCCGUCAGAGAAAACCCAUCCUACUCCUUCUGAGAAGAGCCACCCCAGUCCCUCAGAGAAACACCAGUCUAGGCCUUCUGGGAGGAACCAAGGCAGCCCUUCUCAGAGAAUCCACCCCAGGAUCCAUCUCCGUCAUGACUGGCCCCCUGAAAGGAGUCAGCGAACUCUUGAGAGGAGAGCGCCCAGCCGCUCUGAGAGCGAGCACAGUCCCCCGAAGGAGGAUCUCAAGCACGGUUCGCUUGGAGAGAGGCCCAGGCACACUGUCGUAGAAGACACCAAGAGCUACCCAGAAAUGCCUCCUCGGGGCCGCCCCCAGGACCCCCCAAACAAGGCACACUUGGAGGCCAGAAGCUAG